CGCCAAUUCUGCACGUUGCACAGAUGAGACGAGUUUGCGGCACGAGUAAAUAAAAUGCAUCACAAGAUUGAAGAAGAGACUGAGUAUGAAAAACUCAGAGCAAAGAAUAUUGCAGAGAAUGAAGCCAUGUUGAAACGUUUAUUCCCAGUUUCACCAUUGUUGAAAAGGAGGGAGGAGAAAACACAGAAAAUGAAAAGUUUCUCAAAAAAAGGUGAAAGACUUGAUCAAAUGCAUCCAUAUACAACUUCCCCUACACGAAAAAACCCCUCAAGAUUCUGUCGAGGGCGCAAGAGAUACAGAUAUGGCUCUGAUUGUGAAGAAGAAGAAAGGUCAUCAGAUUAUGAACCAGAGGAAGCAAGCGACUGUGAAGAAGAUUUCAAGCCAACUGGCAUGAUAGUUAAUCUAUGGGGAAGAAAAUCUGAUGUUAAUAAAGUCCCUUCAAAAAGGAGGUCUCCAAAAAAGACAAUUAUUGACAGGGAUGACCUUUUGCAAAGAUACAAUUUGUUGACUGAAGAUGAUCUUAACAUGGUUGCUGAAAAAACAUCUGAAAAGAAUUAUGACCAGAAUGGAUCCUCUUGUCAUCAAUGUCGGCAGAAGACUGAUGAUUUAAAGACCCUUUGUCGAUCUCCAUCGUGUUUUGGAAUAAGAGGACAAUUUUGUGGACCAUGUUUAAGGAACAGAUAUGGCGAAGAUGCAAAGGUAGCAAUAAUGGAUAAAAACUGGACCUGUCCUCCAUGCAGAGGUAUUUGCAAUUGCUCCUUUUGUAUGGCAAAAAGAGGGAGACGAGCAACAGGAAUUCUCAUCCACAUUGCAAAGGAAAAGGGCUAUCAAAGUGUUAGGUCAUUUUUAGGUGAUUAAGUUUAAAUAUAUUUCUUGUUAUCUGAGGGUAUAUAUGCUAAAGGUUUGAAUAAAAUAUUUUUCAUAUUUAGAGUUCAAAUGGCAAAAAUUCAAGGAAUCUUGGAAUCUGAUAUGAUAUAAAAGAUUGAAGGAUCUAAAUUCUAAUCAAUUCAGCUCUACCACACUAAUCUCAGGCAAUGCUAGAUUUGGCAUGGUUUGACUUUGGGUCAGGGGAAUUCAUCAUAAGAAUAAACUCCAGUUAGUCACAAUAUGAUUACUAUUACUAUUAGUUAAACUGAUUAUAGUUUCCAAGAUAAAUAGUUGCCCAAGGCACAAUAGAUCUACAAACAUUCCAGCCAUGAAAUAGUGAGUUCUUUCUACUAUGUAAGUUGGAUAGUUUCCAAUGAGGUGCUUGUGACUAUUUUUGGUGAAUUUGUUGAGCUUGAAGUUAUAGUUUUUGCUUAAUGAUCCUUGUCACUAGGGUUCUCAAUUAUAUGUUCGAUAUAUGAUGUUUAUAAAAUAUGUUUUAAGUGAAUUUUCACUAUACUUUUCUUUAGACUUGUUAACUUGUUUUUAUGACCUUUCAAAAGCAUUUUGUGAGCAAGGAUUAGCAAAUUUUAGCGACAAUUGUAUGGUCUGAGGCAAAGCUAUCAGAGCUACUAAUAUUACCUGGCAGCAUAUUGUAAGUCUUGCUUUGUUUUGCUGAAAAUUUUAUUCAUCUUUUUUCGAUUGUAUUCUCAAUUCUUGUUUCCUUUAGUUUGCAGUUUUUGUAUUAUUUUCUUUUAUCUUUAAAUUUAUUGUAGCUGUUAAGAUGUGUUUAAUUGUUGAUAUUCUAAUUAGUUAUUGUUGAAAUAGAAUAUAUAUAAAUCACACAGAAGUCUUUAA